AUGGACUUCAGCAUCCCGGCGCACUUGAGUGCGGAGGCGGUGGGGCAGUUGCAGGAGCUCAUACAGGAUUACAAGGACGGGAACUUGACGGCAAAGGGCUACGCGUCCAAGCGGGCGCAGGUGUUGGAGCGCGGGGCGGGGUCGCCGGUGCGGGACGGCGCGAGCAUGUGCAGCGGGGCAGGGGUGCCGACGCCGCAGGCGCUUGCGUCGCCGUUGUCGUGCCUCUCUGCGGGGACGGGGUUCCACGGGCGCGAGCAGUCGGUGUCGUCGACGAUCCGCACGAGCGGGCAGCAGGACAUGCAGUCGACAGGGUCAUUCUCGCUCUACCGGGUGACGACGUCGAACUCGAACACGAUGGCGGUGCGGGGGUACGGGGACGGGCGGGGGGCGCCGCGGCCGGAGCGGCGGACGUACCAGCCUCUGAUCCCGCUUUUGCCGCGGAGCGCGGAGGGCGCGCCGGCGCACUUGGACUCGUUGCCGUCGGUGUUGCGGGGGCGGUCGCAGACGUACGACCGGGAGACGGCGAUGGUGAGCAUCAGCGCGCGGGGCAAGGAGAACUCGAUCACGUGGGAGAAGCUCUACCUCCGGGCGGAGAAGGUGGCGCACGAGCUCGGCAAGACGAAGGUGUACAAGAUGAACAAGCUCUUGCUCUGGUACGACCCGGGCGAGGCGAUUGAGUUCGCGGUGGCGCUCUUGGGGUGCUUCAUCGCCGGGACCAUCGCGGUGCCGGUGUCAUUUGAGACGUACACCUUGCAGGAGAUCGUGGAGAUCAUCAAGCAGACGAACGCGAAGUCGAUCCUCAUCUCCGAGGAGUGCUCGAAGCAGCUCGACACGCUCUACGUGAACAGCCGCUCGAAGUUGAAGUUGCUCAAGAGCAACUUCUUCUCGCAGCUCACGUUCAUCAAGACGGAUGAUCUCGGGACGUACGCCAAGGCCAAGCGCUCGACGCCGGCGUUCGACAUACCCAACGUGGCCUACAUAGAGUUCACGAGGACACCGCUGGGGAAGCUUUCCGGCGUUGUGAUGAAGCACCAGGUGUUGACACGCCAGUUCGAGAACUUCACUGCUAUUCUCAAUUCCCGCUCGAAGAAAAACUGGCGCAAGGGCGACAUACGAAGACCGUACACGCGGGGCAAGGAGCGCUUCAUGCGCUACGUGAUUCUGUCCAGCUUGGACUCCACGCGCUCCACCGGGUUGGUGCUCGGCACGCUGUUCAAUAUCUUCAGCGGCAAUCUCUUGGUCUGUGUGCACCCCCAUUUGCUAAGACGCCCGGGCAGCUACGAGUCUAUUAUCAACAAAUACAGGGCCGACAUUCUACUCAGCGAUCAGUUGCAGUUGAAGCAGGUCGUCAUCAACUAUUUGGAAAACCCAGAAUCGACAAUAUCGAAGAAGAACAAAAUGGACUUUAGCUGCAUAAAGUGGUGCAUUGCCUCGUGCACGACAAUUGACACAGAGGUGAGCAACAUGAUCGUUCAUAAAUGGUUGAAGAAUUUGGGGUGUUUAGAUGCGUCGCAGGCGUACUCGCCAAUUCUCACUCUUCUUGACUUUGGUGGCAUUUUCAUUUCUUUGCGGGACCAACUAGGUAAUCUUGAGAAUUUCCCGUUGCAUGACUACAAACUAAGACUUCAGGACGAUGUCUUCAUAGAUAAAGAACAGUUGAAGAAUAAUAUCGUGCAGCCAAGCAUCUCCGCGAUGAUUAACUCAUCCAGUUCUAUCAAGGACUUUUUACGCUUAACGACCUUCGGAUAUCCGAUCCCAGAUGCAAUGGUUUGUGUCGUCGAUCCGGAUACGCGCAUGCUAGUCGAAGACUUAACGGUGGGAGAAAUCUGGAUUUCAGCGCCGAGUGUCACCGACGAGUUUUAUCAUAUGGAUAAACUAACUGACUUUGUUUUCAACGCCAAGUUGAAUUUCAAAAAAAUGCUAGCCACGCUAGAAGAAACAGAACUUCACUGUAGUAGGGAAUUAUACGCAUCGAGCAUUGAACGUUUGGAUACAAUAUUUUCGCUUUUUCCCCCAGAUACUACAUUUUUGAGGACAAAGUUGAUUGGGUUCAUACACAAUGGUAAAAUCUACACUUUAUCUCUAAUUGAAGAUAUGUUUCUUCAAAACAAACUAGUAAGGCUGCAAAAUUGGUCGCACACUUCGGAUAUUACUAGGUCCAUAAAAGAUCCACCUUCUGCUGAUAAAGAGGUUGCGGUCAAAACGGAUAAGGCUCUGAGUUCCAAGCGUGUCGUACAAACUUUUUAUCUACAGCACGUCAGCGAGAACUUAGUGCGCACUGUUGAUAAGGUCUCCGAGGUUGCGGCCUUUGAACUAGAUCAUGACAAGGACGAACAUUUCCUAGUGGUAGUAGUUGAAAGUUCAUUGGCCAAUACUCCUGUUAUUGGAAGCGCGGUCUCCAGUGCUAUUCCGCAGAUAAAUAUGGCAGAUAAAAGAACGUUAGAGCGGAGGAUGAAUGAUCUUACUGAACAGAUUUAUAAAAUUCUAUGGAUAUUUCAUAAAAUACAGCCUUUUUGUGUUAUGGUGGUUCCCCCUGGCUCACUACAGAGGAGAUAUUGCUCUUUGGAGAUAGCCAAUAGGACGGUGGAAAAGCACUUUCUCAACUGCAGUCUUCACUCUAAGUUUGUCAAAUUCCAAUUGGAUAACGUGAUUCUGGAUUAUGUUCCACAUUCUUCUUACUAUAAUGAGAGUAUAUUCUCUGAGCAUCUUUCAAAGCUACGGCAUAGGUCCCUCGAGGAUAAUUAUUUCAAUAGUAUGGGUAUGAUUCCGGAAUCUGCUCUUCAGACAUCAGGUCUCGAUUAUAAAGAAGAUACUUUGGACAGCCGGACUUCUGAAAAACUAGGCAGAUUUGAGACGAUAAUGGCUAUUCUAGAGUGGAGAUCUCAAAAGCAUGGGAACGACUUUGCCUUUUGCAACGGGAACAGUUUCUCGACAGCAGGUGCAUCGAUCGACCAAAAUAAAAAGUUUUCGUGGAACUCGUUUAGUUCACUCGUUGCAUCCUACAUCAAAAAGAUUGUAGAAUCAAAAAGUCCAUUGAAACAUGGAGAUCAUGUCGUGGUGAUGGCAGAUAAUUCUGUUGAUUAUACUGCUAUUGUUAUCGCCUGUUUUUAUUGUCGGUUAGUCGUCAUUCCAUUGCACAUAAUGCAUGACUCUCAUAGUGAAAAAGAGGUCAAUUAUCUACUGAAAGUGAUAGAGGUCUACGAAGUUAAACGACUCUUCGUUGAUCAUAAAGUUGAAAAUUUGUUGGAACAAAACACACAUAUUAGCAUCCUAUUGAAGAGUCAUAAGCACGAGCUGCCUAAGAUCACUGUAUUCACUAAAGUGAAACGGAAAAAUUCACUUGCCCCUAGCCAGUUCAAAACUGUGCUUCAUGAAAAAUUCGGUCGUUUAUCUAAAACAGAUCCUUGUGUUGUUUGGAUUAAUCACGAUGAUGACGCCUCUACGGACCUAAAUGUGUUGAUGUCACACUCAACCUUAUUGAAGAUGAGCAAAGUAUUGAAAGAAACCUUAAGAAUGACUAAUGAAAAUCACAUAUUCUCUGUCACUAAUUAUACCAGGGAUAUAGGGUUUUUGCAAAGCUGCAUUCUCGGAAUAUACGUUGGCGCCACUACUAGUCUCUUUAGCCCAUCUGAAUGUAUGAUGAACCCUAGACAUCUCCUAAUAGGUCUACAGAAUAUGAAUAUCAAGGACUUGGUUUUAUGUCCGGAUAUGCUAUACAUGCUUAUGGAUCGUGGGUGCGCGAUGAUUGAAAAACAAACUCAGAUGGUGGUAUCCUCUGGAUCAAUCGAUAAGCGUAGAGAUACAGAUGCCGCGACCGUGCUUUAUCCAAACUUCUUGAGGAACAUCCAGAACAUUAUGGUUCCAUUUACAGGACGUCCAAGAUUCCAAGUAAUGCAAACGCUUUUGAUGAAGUACAAGUUAGCUGGCAGCUCUGCUCUCCAGAUCAACUACUUGUACCAACACCGUUUUAAUCCCUUUAUUGCAUUAAGAUCCUAUCUAGGGAUUCCUCCUGUUGAUGUAUACUUGGAUCCAAUUGCCCUUCGUGAAGGUAUUAUUCAUGAAUUUGAUCCAAGUACAGCUAGUAGCUCUGUUCUCAGCUCUGCUAUCCAUUUGCAGGACUCUGGUAUAGUAACUGCAUGUACUGAGGUUACUAUCGUGAAUCCUGAGACAUUGGAACAAUGCUAUGAAAACGAACUUGGAGAGAUAUGGUGCUGUUCUGAAGCGAACGUCUUCGACUAUAGUAUCUGCCGUCUAGGUAACAACACGGCCUCUGCUAGCGAAGCAAACCGCACACCUGUCCAAAAGCCAAUGCGCGAUCCUUUCAUUACUCAACAGUUCAAAGCUAAGAUAAAGAAUAACAGCCAUACUGAUUUAUCAUAUCUACGUACGGGGGAUCUCGGGUUCAUUAAAAAUAUCACUCGCCCAGAUGCUGAUGGCAGGCCCAUGGAGUUGUCAAUACUAUAUGUCUUGGGGAGUAUAAAUGAAACGGUGGAGAUACUAGGCUUGACGCACUUCGUAGUGGAUCUCGAAUCUACAGUACUGAGAACCCACUCCAGUAUUCUCAACUGCAUGGUUGUGAAGACAGGAGGGCUUCUAAGCUGCCUCAUUGAGUGCAAUUCAAAAGUAAAAAUCCCGGAAUACUCCAAUCUAACGCCGUUGGUUGUUAGUAUGCUCUUGAAAGAGCACGGGGUCGCUUUGGACUUAUGUUGCUUCGUAAAGCCCAACUCCCUCAACUAUCUGGUGAAGGACUGGCAGAAAAAUAGGAUGAAAAUCCUAAAUGACUGGUUGGGGAAGCGGUUGUACAUCGAGGCACAGUAUGGCGUGAACGUCGGCGAGAAUAACUCCAUCUACCUCCUGUCGGAUUUUGAGAAAGUACAUUGA